CCUGCCGGUAGUCGGAGCGGAGGAGGGGGACUCGGCACAGACGGCUUCGGGCUCAGAGGGAGCCGCUGACGGACACAGAAACAUCACCUCCCCGGUGGAUUUAAUCACCGGGGGAUUUAUUCAGAAACCAACCUGAGAAGCUGUUUGGGUUCAUAUCCAGGUUAAAGAAUGUCAUGACUGUCGGAGGCAGCGGCUCUCUGACGUUUGAGGAGCUCCAAACUUCAGUAGGAUGUACCUGAUGAACGUAUCUCCUGUCGCAGCGACACAGGCUGAGUGGAGAAGAUGUGGUCCACCUGGAAGCUACAGCCUUCCAGUUUGCUUCAAUGACUCAGACUCAGAGCUGUCAACCAGAGCAACACCUAUCUCUAACAAGGUCCAGAUGAUCAUAGAGAGCCUGAGGAGCACCCAGUCCUCACUCGAGAUGAGCGACGAGAUCCAGGGACAAGAGUGCCAUACCCAUGCCUUCAAGUCUCCUGUGGGCUCUUCUAAAAACCCCACAGAAAACCCACAGACCCAUUUUUCUUCCACAAACCACAAUGAGAGCAGUGGCUCAGACAGUGAUGACUCAGUGGAUAGAGGAAUCGAAGAAGCAAUACUCGAGUACUUGAAAGAAAAAGACGGUCACAAACACAAGACUGAACACGGAUCCGCUUUUCUUCAAACUUCCAAACUCCCAAGCAAAACCUCUCCGUUUCCAGAUGUUGCCAAACACAGCUCGAACAGCAGCACUUCCCUGAUUUCCAUGAGUCACUUUCCAACGAGAGCCCAAGCUGAGGCUCCGACAGCGGCAGCAGCUACUGGACCUUUAAAAAAGUACAUCAAAAACAAAGCUUCCAGAGAUGAGAACUUUGAUCUGAAUCAAAGUUUGGUAAGUUCAAAGAGCUGCUCUGAACCAACCAGCCUCUUCAACAAAACACCGUUCUUGGUGAAAGAGGAGGAAGACUCUGAUGAUUCCAGCAGUGACGAUGGAAUUGAAGAGGCCAUCCAGAGAUAUCAGUUGGAGAAACAAGAGCAGCUAAACAGGCAGGAAACCUUAAAUCUGCAUCCGUUCCACUGCGAGUCAGACUCGACGAGUGAUGAUGGGAUCGAAGAAGCUAUUCGCUCCUACCAGCUGGAGCAACUUCGAGAGAAGAGCGGCCAGAAAACAUUUCUGCACACGCAGACACCUUCCAACAGGUCUCCAAUGCACACUACGAGCUCAGAAAACAGGAAGAGACACAAACUGAAAAGAAAAAGGGUCCGAACAGAGAACCAAACUUGUUCACCUGAAGGUAAACCCAGGUCUUCACUUCCAGACUUUCCAAUGCACAAAGGUCAGCCGGUCUCUGCUCCUCCCAAAGUUAACACAUCAGCUGAACUAAUGUGUGCUGAAGCCAUUCUGGACAUUUCUAAAACUGUUCUGCCCGGGCCCUUCCAUCAGGGGAUUGGACUGAGCAGUCAAGGUCCGCCUGACCUUCCCCUUCAGCCUUCUCUUCCCAACACCCGGACACAUGAAGACAGCAGUUCCGUUGAUAGUGAGGAUGGAAUCGAGCAAGAAAUCAGGAAAUUUCUGGAGCAAAAGGCCCAAAUGCAUAAACAGCCAGCCAACGCUCAAGAACCGAAAGAGGUUUCUGUCCCAAAGAAACCACAAAAAUUAUCUUUAACACAGAGAAGAAGACUGAAGGACAAGAGUCUUUGUGUCUCCAACAUGUCAGGAACAGAUGACAAAGAGACAGACCAUAAUUCUGAGAGAACUGUUCAGAGAAGUCCAACCCAAACGACUACAGCGUCUUCGAGAAGUCCAACCCGACCGACCACAGCAUCACACCAGUCAGAGCGAAGCGGAGACAAAAGCAGCUCCCUGGACAGCGAUGAAGACCUCGACACUGCCAUAAAAGAUCUGCUCAAGACAAAAAAGAAGUCCAAGAAAAAGCUCAGAGACGUGAAGAAGAAACCCAGGACGUGCCUCGGAGUCCAAGAGCCACUUUCCGGAAACGCUGUGCCCACCAAAAAGUUCAAACUCGACCCUGUUUCCAAAUGUAGUGCUUUGAAAAGAGUCCACAAGGAUAAAGACAAGGAUGGACUGAAUAACAAGACCGUGUCACAACCAAAGCCAAGUGAGGACGGUGGAGACAGCCAGUCGCUGCUCUCUGCUCAGAUAAACAACGACAGCAGCUCUGUGGACAGUGAUGACAGCAUCGAGGAGGAGAUCCAAAGGUUUCUGGCUGAGAAGGCCAAAGUGUCCUCUGCGGACAAACUGAAAGAUGGACAUAUGUGCAGGAACGGGACAGUCCUAGUUCAACAUGGACACACGAAACCUGAAGAUGUUAAGAAGGAAGCUCAGCUGGCUGAGAUUCUUUCAGAUCCAAAAGGUCGUUUGCCUGCAUGUCCAAGCGGUCCAGCUGAAGAUCAGAUCCCCCGCAGGCUGUCAGACCUCUCUCCUUCUAGCCAACAGUCCUGCAGUCCCAGUCUUUUGGAACCAGCAGACGGAGCGGGGUCAGCCAGAAACCAGCAAAGGGGACCUAACACUGAUGGAGACCGUGCCGCCCGCUCUCAGUCUGAGAGAAGUGGACCACCUUUGAGUUCUAUCUCUGCUCCGUCCCAGGCAGAGUCCAUCAAGUGGCGCCAGAGUCUAGGUCUCCCCCCGUUAUCUGACAAACGGACCCCCACCCGGACUAAGUUUCAUAUCACCUCUUCAGGGAACCGAGAGGCCGCCUCAGAGACCGCUUCAAAUCAGAACACGGACCCCAAAGUACAGGCUCUGGCCGAUGCGUGGUUUUCCCCGAGGGCCAGCUCGGCUUCGUUCUCCUGCUCCUCAGAGACGCCUGCACAUGCCACACUCAGACCUCCGGUUCUGAAGUUCUGUUCUGCUGCCCGGCAGAACUCACACGUGACCUUUCCACUGAGCCUUAGACCCGGACACAACUCCCCGUUCUCUUUAGCGGAGGACAGAGCCAGCAUGGUCCAUGUGCCCAAAGACAAGAGUGUGUUUGUAGAACUAGAGUCUAACAGGACCAACCAUGUCCAGGUCCAGAGCAGGACUAAUCAGGUCCAGAGCAAGACCAACCAUGUCCAGGUCCAGAGCAGGACUAAUCAGGUCCAGAGCAGGGACAGGAUUGAGGGGAAGGAGAGGUGCAGGAGUGAAGAAGAGGUGCAAGAAGACAGGAAGGAUGAAGAGUUUGUCGAUGAAUCAGAUUGUGAGCCAGACAGCAGAACAGAGCCAGAACAGAAGCAGGGCUUUUCCAGUGUAUGAACCCUCCUGAGUCCUGCAGCACUUUGGAUGAUGUCAAAAGAAAGCUUCAGUUUGUUUCAGCCAGCAGGAAGGACAAACACAUCUAGAUCUUUUCCAGGCAACACUUUGUUUCAUGUUGGAGUAACUGUGAUCUGAUCUAAUUUUACUUUUUUGAUUUUGUUUAAAUAAAGUUCGUUGAAAGUUUGGAUGUUAACAUUUGAUGAUGGAAAUGUUUACCUUUUUUAUUUUGACUGUGCAGCUGCAGUUUUUCUUUUGAUAAGUUCAAGUAGGCCCUAGUUUGUAAAACAUUCAGUGAAGAAAACGUUUAUUGGGUUGUUUAUUAUUAUUAAGUUUUGUCACUGUGCUUUGACAUGGACCUUAGCAAUUUUCAGUAUUGCUAGAUUAAUUUCUAUUUUAUUAUUUGUGUUCUUUUUUUCUUGAUUCACAAGUCACAGGGUAAAUGUUUUGUUGGAUAUUUAUUUUUUUCUGUUUGUUUCAACUGUUGUUGACUCAUUAAAAAAUGUCGUGACUCGUGUUUCAAUAAAGUUGUUGAAUUCAAAUCAA